AUGGCCAUCAAAUGUGCUGCUUCAUCAAGGCUGGCCCUGCCUGCCGUUCUGCGCAAUGUUUUCCGCUCUCAGUUCGCCAGUAACUUGAGCGUUUCUUCAAUAAACCCCUAUCACCGACAGCCCGCCUAUGGUCCUCUUUUCUCUUCGAAUAUCCGGCUUCAACGAUCCUUCAGCUCAAUGAUGCGCUUGCGUGAGUCCCAGAGUGAUCAACCGUCGCCUGCAGCCCCUGAAAUCCCGGCCGUCGCCGACGAUACUGUGCCUUCUCAACCCAAAACACCGAAGAAGAAAGAUUACGAUUCCUUCGGCAAGAAAGGCGGAUGGAAGGAUCAUAAAACUCCUCCUAGGGACCAGCGAGGGAGUUCAGAAAAUAGCAAAGGAAGAACGGACAGAGAACGCAGAACUUUCCGCAACGAGGCUCGCAGGGAGGCCGACAAGGAACCUCGCCAGCGUUGGCAAGAAAGAGCCGAAAAAUCGAAACAGUUCUCAGAGAAAGGGGGCAAGAGAAAGCCUGAGGCUUGGCAAGUGCAAAAAUCGGCUUUAAAGAAGAAGUUCGUCGGUGGUUGGAACCCUCCCAAGAAGCUCUCGCCUGAUGCCCUCGACGGAAUUCGUCAUCUUCACGCUAAGGCCCCCGAACAAUUCACGACCGCUGUCCUUGCGGAGGAGUUUGAGAUGUCCCCGGAAGCCAUUCGCCGAAUUUUGAAGAGCAAAUGGCGCCCAUCAGAGGACGAGAUGGAGAGUCGACGCAAGCGAUGGGAGAAUCGACACGAUAGAAUCUGGAGUCGCAUGGCUGAACUUGGUCUUCGCCCUUCGACUAAUCGCACGCGGCCCCUCUCAGACUUCCACGUGCUGUAUGAUGACAACAAUCGCGAGCGAAGAUAG